AGAACCGACCGCUGCAGCCCUUUAGGCUGCGGUGCCAAAGAGUCGGUCCCGAAGCGGAAGUGCUUGUUGGGGCCGGGCUUUGUAACGGUCUCCUGAGCAGCGAGCAGAAAAUCUGUUAUCCAGAGAGACACAGUGACCUGCCCCUAAGGGUUCAUGCCCAUCCCUCAGGCCCCUCUUUAGACGCGCCCUGCUCCUCCCUCUGCUCUAUCCCCUUGCCCAAGCCCCGAGGUGGGGACCUGGUGUGAAUGCUCCGGCCGAAGUGAACCUGCACCCCCGCACCCGAAGGCCUCUUUCCGGCUCCUGGGCAAGGCGGCCCCGGUGAGCUCAGCCGUUACACAUAUCUGCUUUUUCCCAAGAAGAGCAGGAAAUGGCCAAACCCCAGUCCUGCAAGUUGUACAAGAAGCAUGAUACCAGCAUCUGCAUCUGGUGAGGCCUCAGGAAGCUUCUACUCAUGGCAGAAGGCAAAGAGGGAACAGGGGCUAGUGACAUUUGAAGAUGUGGCUGUGGAUUUCACCCAGGAGGAGUGGCAGUACCUGAACCCGCCACAGAGGACCCUGUACAGAGACGUGAUGCUGGAGACCUACAGCAACUUGGUCUUUGUGGGGCAGCAGGUUACCAAACCAAACCUCAUCCUCAAGUUGGAGGUAGAAGAAUGCCCGGCAGAAGGAAAAAUCCCAUUUUGGAACUUUCCAGAAGUCUGUCAAGUUGAUGAACAGAUUGAGAGGCAACAUCAGGAUGACCAAGAUAAACGUCUGCUGAUGCAAGUUGGAUUUUCUGACAAGAAAACAAUUACCACCAAGAGCGGUCGUGACUGUCAUGAGUUUGGAAACAUACUUCAUUUGAGUACAAACCUUGUUGCUUCAAUACAAAGACCUGAUAAACACGAAUCAUUUGGAAAUAAUAUGGUAGAUAAUUUAGACUUAUUUAGUAGACGUUCUGCAGAAAAUAAAUAUGAUAAUGGAUGUGCAAAAUUAUUCUUCCAUACUGAGUAUGAGAAAACAAAUCCUGGAGUGAAGCCCUAUGGCUAUAAAGAGUGUGGGAAAGGUCUUAGGCGAAAGAAAGGCCUUAGUCUACAUCAGAGAAUUAAAAAUGGAGAGAAACCCUUUGAAUGUACUGCAUGUAGGAAAACCUUCAGCAAGAAGUCACACCUCAUUGUACAUUGGAGAACUCAUACAGGAGAGAAACCUUUUGGAUGUACCGAAUGUGGAAAAGCCUUUAGCCAAAAAUCUCAGCUCAUUAUACACUUGCGAACUCAUACAGGAGAGAGACCCUUUGAGUGUCCUGAAUGUGGAAAAGCCUUCAGAGAAAAGUCAACUGUCAUCAUACAUUACAGGACUCACACAGGAGAGAAACCUUAUGAAUGUAAUGAAUGUGGAAAAGCCUUCACUCAGAAGUCCAAUCUCAUUGUCCAUCAGAAAACCCACACUGGAGAGAAAACCUAUGAAUGCACUAAAUGUGGAGAAUCUUUCAUACAGAAGCUUGAUCUAAUUAUACAUCAUAGUACCCAUACAGGAAAGAAACCCCAUGAAUGUAAUGAGUGUAAGAAAACUUUCAGUGAUAAGUCAACUCUCAUUAUACACCAGAGAACUCAUACAGGAGAGAAACCUCAUAAAUGUACUGAAUGUGGGAAGUCUUUCAAUGAGAAGUCAACCCUCAUUGUGCAUCAAAGAACUCAUACAGGAGAGAAACCCUAUGAAUGUGAUGUGUGUGGGAAAACCUUCACGCAAAAGUCAAACCUUGGUGUACAUCAGAGAACUCAUUCAGGAGAGAAACCCUUUGAAUGUAAUGAAUGUGAGAAAGCCUUCUCUCAGAAGUCCUACCUCAUGCUACAUCAGAGAGGUCAUACAGGAGAGAAACCUUAUGAGUGCAAUGAAUGUGAAAAAGCAUUUUCACAGAAAUCAUAUCUCAUUAUCCAUCAAAGAACUCAUACAGAAGAAAAACCCUAUAAAUGUAAUGAAUGUGGCAAAGCCUUCAGAGAAAAGUCAAAGCUCAUUAUACAUCAGAGAAUCCAUACAGGAGAGAAACCCUAUGAAUGUCCUGUGUGUUGGAAAGCUUUUAGCCAGAAGUCACAGCUCAUAAUACAUCAGAGAACGCACACAGGAGAGAAACCCUAUGCAUGCGCUGAGUGUGGCAAAGCCUUCCGAGAAAAGUCAACAUUCACUGUGCAUCAAAGAACUCAUACUGGAGAGAAACCCUAUAAAUGUACGGAAUGUGGGAAAGCCUUUACCCAAAAAUCAAACCUUAUUGUACAUCAACGAACCCAUACAGGAAAGAAAGCCCAUGGAAGAGGCCACACUCGGAAGUCAAAGUUCAUGGCACAUUAGAGAGCUAAUCAACAGUAUAUAUUAUGGACAUUGAAGGAAAGUUGUGUCAAUUUAAUUCACAUUUGAAAAGUAUAUUCCGACUUCUGGUUUAAAUAUGGGAGUAAACUCAGCCUUUCUUUUCAUCUCGGUCAUAACCCAAAAGCUACGGGAGAAAAAGCAGAAGUGUAAUCUCUGUAUCUGACAAAAUUAGAAGACGGCUGCAACCCUGAUAAGAGGGCUGCCACAGGCAGAGGAAAUGAAGCACUGGUGCAGGAGAUUUCAGAGUGAGCGUGCUCAAGGCUGCAGAUGCGAGACAGCACUGGUAAGGACUCUUAGCUGAGGUUCGGGAUAUACACCGAGGCAUGGAACCAUAAAUAUAACAGUGGUAAUAGUGCGUGGGCAGGUAGGAGGUAGGAUGUUUCCUAGACCUUUUGGGGUCCGAGGAGAAACAGGCUGGGGCCUCGAGAAGGAGUCACUCAGACAAGCCAUAUUUGUAGAAAGUAGUCUUCUACUGAUGGGAGAAACAGUUAUGGGGGUGCUGGGGGAAGAGAAGGGACUUUUCCUUGUGAAGAGCCCCACAGCUGCCCGUUUACUGACUUGGGAGAAGUAAAGUCAGAAAGAACUAACGUGGGGGGAAAAAAUCUCAGUUGUCCAAAAAAACUGAUCUGCUUGGAAUGUGGCCCUGGUUUCUUUUCCCACAUGAACCUCCAGCAAAUAGCAAGUCCAGGAAAAACUCUUCUCAUUCAAAGAGGAAUGAUUCAAAAGUAAUCAAAACCACAAAUGCAUUUGGUUUUGGGGCCAGCAAUUCCACUUCUAGGAAUGUACAUACUCACACAUGUACAAAAUGAUGAACAUACAGAAGUAUUCAUUAAUGCACUGUUUGUGAAAACAAAAGAUUGGAAGCUGUCUAAAUGAUACCGUAUCAGGGUUCUGGUUCCCUAAAUUGUGGUAUAUCCAUACAGCCUACUCCUGGGUAGACAACAAUGAAUAAAUAAGGAGAACUAGGAUGCCAUUUAUGUAGUGAUGUGGGAUAACCUUCAGUUUAUGUUAUUAGGUAGGAAAAACAAGGUUAAGGACAGUGAGUAUAAUAUGCUGCCAUUUGUAUAUACAAAGGAGAAAAAUGAUAAGUACAUAAUUGUGAAUUCAUAAGUUAUCUCUGGAAAGAGACACGAGAACCUGGUAACCCUGAUUACGCUGGAAGGGGAGGGAGCAGUGGUGGCUGUGGGGAUGGAAUUGAGAGGGAGACAACUGUAUCCUUUCAUAGCUUUUGAAAAUGUGGAUGUACUAUGUACUAUGUGGAUGUACUACCUUUUCAAAAAUAAAACAUUUUAAAAGCUA